AUGGCCGCUCCGACCAGCAGCGUCACGAGUAAGUUCCCGACCGAGGCCGCGGGCCUGGGCCUCGCCGAGCCGGCGGAUCCACUCGCGCGGCCGCGCUCCAAGCCCAUUGCUGGCUUCGUCUCGACGGCUGUGCUCUCGUCGUCGGACGGGCUCUUUGGCGACAAUGUGGAAGAGACCCGCAUCUCGGACAAGCCCGAGGCGGCGGACAUCGCCAUCUCGGACGCGCGGCCGCUCUACGAUCGUCUCAAAGAGAUGAAGGACCAGCGCGACGCCGAGUGGAAGGAGAAGAACAACCCGUUCGCGCCGCCAAAGGGCCUCGACGACGAAGAGUUUGAGUUUAUUCGGGCGCUUGAAGAUCAGCAAAAGAGCGUCGAAGACGGGCUUAAGCGCCAGCUCGACACGGACCUUGCUCAGUUUGUCAUGGCCAAGAAGGAUACGCUGGCGCACACAAAGAAGGUUGCGGCCGUCGUACUGCCGACGACAAUAGCGGCCGAGAAGAAGCUGCCGCCGGUCGUCGUCGUCAAAGCCAAGCCAAAAAAGAUAGCAACAACCAAGGGGUCUGCGCCGACGCAGCCCAAGAAGAGGCAGAAAAACACCAAGACGACCAGCACCGGUCUCGGUCUUGUCGCCAACUACUCGGACGGCGAUAGCAGUAGUAGUGACUCGGACUAGACCCAAAUCAUCGGUGUUUCUAUCUUCC